UGGCAACGGGUCGAUCGAAAGCGCAGCGCAGAGAAAUGCACCACCUCUGCUCUGGUCUGGCAGCUUUGCUGGCACACACCACCGCGUCUGUGUUCGCCAGAAAGGGAGAGAAAGAGAGGAGGACGGCGAGAGAGAGGGAGAGAGUGAGAGAGGGAUAGCGAGCGACCAAUACCGACGCAGAGGGAGGACGAGCCAAGCCGACUCGCGUUGGGCUAGGUCAGGUCUACCCGAGUUCCACACACUGCUCUGCGUGUGCCAUCCAAAGAGAGACCCGAAGGCGGAGACCACCCUCGAAAAAAGGGUUGAAACGCGAAAUUACGGGAACCGUGCUCGUCGGCCGCGGAACAGUGUUGCUUCUUUUUUUUUUUCUUUCGGCGAUAUCACUUUUUGUUUGGUCACGUAAAACCCAAAGCGAAUCGAUCGCGUUCCAGUAGCACCGGUUAUAUGCCUGUCAAGCGAUCGGCACCGUAAGCGCGGCGUGUUCUCGCUUCGCGUUCGCUGUUCCAACCACCGAGAGAUCAUUCUGUCAUUGACAGCGAGGGUAGAAAGAUCCCCGGAUCGUCGUGUGUCGGUGCAUCCUCACGAGUUUCACUCGCGACACGAUCGAGUUCGUUUUGCUUUCCAGUUCUCUCUCAAGUCGUCGAUCCGUGUUCGCAGUUGUUCAACCUGAGAAAGUAACAACGGGGGUGGAGGGGGUGCGAGACAGAAGGAGGUGAAGUGCGUCGAAGUGGUUCGCGUGUGUGCCUUCGAGGGGGAAAAAGAAAAAAAAAGGAGAAAAAGGAGAAAACGGUGUGUGUUUCCCGGGUUCGUAGUUUUUCCCUUCGACUCGACGACGAGGGAACCAAGCGACGACGAUCAACGCGAAUAAACACGCAGAUAGGAGCGGAUCGGAGGAGGAAACGGAAAGGGCCGUUUGGUGUCGCGUCGAAAUUCUCGAAAAAGGAUAGCCGUUGUUGAUAAACAAAAGUGAAGGAAGAGUGUCAGUGGUUGACUACCCGGGUGCAACGACAGCGCCGAUACAAAUUUCCUUUUCUCGAUGUCCUGAUAAUCGAUAAACGUCGUAUAGGUGGUAGAGGACCACCUAGGCCGCCGGUAGCGAUCGGCCUUAUCGACGUCGAAAUUUCGUUUUGCCGAGGGACAUUCUUAAAUAAAUGUUGAGAAAAGCCAACGCGUUUCAUCCCUCAACGCGAGGUCAGCCGAGGCUCCCGAGUAUCCCAAGAAUCGUCGGGAUGCCGAUCUCCCUGAGAAAUCACAGGAUCACAUAAAACCGGAUCCGGCAGUUCGUUUUCUGAAAAAGCAUCCCCUCGUUAGGGACGUACUCAGGCGCACCAGCACAACACAAGACGAAAGAUCGGCGAAGGAACUCGUCGCGAGGCGGUGUAGGACUCGUUUCGUCGAUUCGCUGUUCGCGAACCGAUGUACCAAAAGGCGUGAGUACUGCCACGUUAACGCUGAACGAUACCGACCGAUACCGACCGACUGAUUAUUGUACUUAGAACGAACGAUCAGGAACGAAACAAUUAACGGCGAAGCGUUUUUUGGAAAACGUCAAUAACGAGUCGUGUCUACCGGAAGUUCUGGCAGACUGCUUUAAAGUUCGACACACUGAACCGUUUCUGUGCGUUUCCAUUCUCAAGCAAGAAUAUAAAAAUCGAUUACUUGCUAAAGCAGAAGAGAAAACGUCGUGCAUGUUUUACAAAGGUACAUGUGGACGCAACGCAGUAUAAAAGUGAUCGUUCGUCAGAAACGUUGCAACGUUUGUCGUGCAAACUUUCGACCGUCUCCGGACGAUUCAUCGUUCGCUAAACUCGAUUUAAAAAAAAAAAAAAAAAGAAACAGAAAGAAAAAUGUCCAUCAGGAGAGAGAAAAUUUCAAACUAAAAUCCUUGUAAAAAAAAAAAAGAAUCCCAACGGACGAGGGAGAUAUUCUUGAAAAAACAGGUUCCACCCUCAACGAAAAUAAGUGUGUAUGUGCAAGAGAAAGAGAGAGAGAGAGAGAGAGAGAGAGAGAGAGAAAGAUUUUAAUACAAUAUCAAAUAUCGUUUAACAAUCGAUCGGAAGAAACGUAAUCCAAAAGAACAUCGAAAAAAAAAAAUAGAUCGAGAGCGAAGAAAAAUCCUCUUAAUCAAAAGGGAUCGACAACCAGGGGAACGAAAAUCAAAAAGUUACGCAGAGAGUUAACGAAUAGUGAACGGGCUGGUGGUGUGCGAUUUCCACGGAAAUGGAAAUUCAACGAGUAGCGAAAACCCCCGAUGGCAGGGUGGGCGGGGGUGAGAGGUCGGAGGGACGGACUUGAGAGUUUAUGCCCCGUCCCCCUCCCUCUCACCCCUGCAGUCGAUCAAUGCGUGGACGGGUUUCACUUUCGCGGUGUUAAAGUGUUGCACCAUCACCGAUUAAGAGACAAGAAAAAAAACCAUUUUUCGCCUAUCACUGAAGGAUGGAGGCCAGCGAGUGGGAUCACGCGACCUUGAGGGAAGAGGAAUUCGAGCAGCAUGCCGUAUAUUUGGUACCGGAUGUGGCGGCAUCGCCAGGCGAUACCAAUCGUGCGGAGGCAUCCCUGCCAAGAAAUUUGGUGCUUAAACCUUCUCAGGCCCUCAACGAUGUUUUGGGAGUUUGGAGCACAAGUUACAUCCCCAAGGGGACACGGUUCGGUCCUCUUGUUGGACAAGUGUACACCAAGGAUUCGGUGCCGGCCGACGCGAACCGGAAGUACUUCUGGAGGGUGUACAAAAACAACGAGCUGUUCUAUUACAUCGACGGUUAUGACGUCCAGAAAUCAAAUUGGAUGCGUUACGUAAACCCGGCUUAUUCGUCCGAAUCGCAGAACCUAAUAGCAUGCCAGUAUAAGAUGAACAUUUAUUUUUACACAAUCAAGCCGAUACUACCGAACCAAGAGCUUCUGGUGUGGUAUUGCCGAGAGUUCGCAGAAAGGCUCAAUUACCCAUUAACGGGUGAACUAAUGCUUCAGAGAAUACGACAACAAGUACAACAAUCUACGUUACCAACGGAAAUUCCACCCACGGUGGACGUGGUGUCGCCACUGAAGGACUCGUCGAUUUACGAGCGACGCUCGCAAAUGACCCCGACGGACGGUUCCGUUAGAUCGGACGAAGGCUAUCAUUCGAAUGGUUAUCACGACGAGAUCCUCACGCCCCCGGAAGAAAGCAGCGAAUCGGACUCGGAGAACAAUUACGUGUUGGAUUUCAGCAAGAACGCGAAAACGUCGGUAUGCAACAACGAGGUGCUGAAACAGGACAAUGCAGUGGCGAAGAACGAGUACAGGAAGGUUAAGAUCAAGAUCACCAAGACCUACGGGAAUUUUCAAGCGUCGAAGAGCCUGGACGCCAACGGGAAGGACAAGGAUCAGGAAUUGCCGAGCAGGGCGGUGACCCCGGAACUACAGAAACCGUUGUCACCUAUAGUUCUUCAAAAGAACACCGUCCUGACGACGGUAACCGAAGACGAGAUCCCAGAGAAAAACCCGAAACCUUUCUACGAGUCCGAGGUGAAGGGUGCUUUGCCAGUUUCCGGCAGACCAGCCUAUCUCACCAGCCCGAGCAGCUCCAUCCUCGAGAAUAUCCUUCUCCGUAGCAGCACCGAUAACAACAACAACAGCCACAACCAUCACCAUAACGGCGCUCAGCAACACCACCAACACCAUCAGAUUCACCAUCAAACGCACGUCGACUCGGUCACGCCACCGCCAUCUAGCCCAACCGAGAUGGCGUACUCUUACAAAAAGUCUCACCGAUACGGCAACAUUCUGCCCUGCAGUCCCGACUCUAGCUCGAAUUUGCCCAUGCAGGCGGAUACCUGCGUCAACUCCACCACCAGCGGCAACAGCGCUCUACCGAUGCAAAGCCCUACGAGUAACCUGCACUCGAGCACAGGGAACCUUCACUCGAGUACGGGCAAUCUACACUCCAGCACCGGAUCCAGCAACAUUCUACAAUCUCAUCCAGGGAACAUCCAUUCGUCCAGCAAUUCCAACAAUCAUCACUCCAGCGCGAACGUUUUGUCGUCUAGCACGAUACUGACAUCUACCAGCAAUCUUCACUCCUCGACGACAUCCAGUAACUGUAUGCCCAAGAGGAAGACCAAGAGUCCGUCACCGUCUGCGAAUCCCACGGGCACAUCCACCACCCCAACGAUCCUGUACUCUAACUCCGCUGGAUGUCAAAUAGAAUCGAGUCCGGUGUAUCCUAGCUCGGCAGCGAACAGCAAUCAGAGCGUUUCGCCCAUUUCACCUAUUCAAUCGCCUUCGUCCUAUCCGUACGGCAUUUAUCAUCAGAACGGUUCGCUGCAUCACAACGUGGCACCGUUGUCCAUCAAUUGCACCGCCUACUCGCCGACGCCUAGCGGGAACGUAGUGUACGAGCGAGCCGACGGAAGAAGGCUGGAGACCGCCACGAGCAACCACCAAUUGCCCACUUCGUCGACCAUGCAAAUCGACAGUAACCAAACGUUAAUAGCUGGCACGCACAAUCUUCACCUGGGCCAUCACCCUGGCCUUACCAUUCACGCCAACUCGUCGUCACUCAACCGAUACUCGCCGGCGAGCUCUUUGUCACCGGACGAUCACGGUUGCUCGCAGAGUGGUUCGCUCAGUCCGAACUCGCAAGGAUCUAGGGGUUACAGGUCGCUGCCGUACCCACUGAAGAAGAAGGACGGGAAAAUGCAUUACGAGUGCAACGUCUGCUGCAAAACAUUCGGCCAGCUGUCGAAUCUCAAGGUACACCUGAGGACUCAUUCCGGCGAGAGACCGUUCAAGUGUAACGUUUGCACCAAGAGUUUCACUCAGCUGGCCCAUUUGCAGAAACAUCAUCUCGUGCAUACAGGCGAAAAACCACAUCAAUGCGAAAUCUGUAAGAAGAGGUUCAGCUCGACCUCAAACCUCAAGACCCACCUGAGACUGCACUCCGGACAAAAGCCGUACGCCUGUGACCUCUGUCCCGCGAAAUUCACUCAGUUCGUUCACCUCAAGUUGCACAAGAGGUUACACACGAACGAAAGGCCCUACACCUGUCAAGGUUGCGACAAGAAGUACAUUAGCGCGAGCGGUCUUAGGACGCAUUGGAAGACAACCAGUUGCAGGCCGAAUAAUAUCGAGGACGAGCUUGCCCUUGCCGCGGCCGUGGGUUCGCCGACGUAUUACGAAUACGGUCCGGACAUGAACGUCGGAAAUAUGCCGAAGGAAUGCGAGCUGGAGCACAUCGACAACUACGAGAGGCAUGGCGCCACGCACGGACCACACUCGACGUCUCUCCACAACCUGGAGAAUUCCGUAGGACGGCCAAGCGUCAUAGAGACCUCCCAGCCUCACAUAAUCGAGUGCACCUAAAAAUGGGGGUAUGAGCCCUUUCGCUCAAACGCAAAAUCCAGCCGUGGAAUAGUAAACGAGUUGCUCGCGACAGACGAAAACGAUGUUAACCUCGCGAGAUGGUAGUGAUGAACGAUAAGCUCGUUCGUGCUUCCCCUUCGGCAGCGGGUCGCAGGAACGGAUGGAAUUUUCGAAUUUGUGCUUUUCUUCAUUUCGUUCGUCGUUUAGCAGCGUGUAAGAAGAAUGUAUAAUAAGUGAGACAGAGACGGUCGGGUGCGGGGGUAAAAAGAGAAAGAAAAUCGCGUCGUGGAACGCGAUCGAAGAAAACGAUGAAGAAUGAGAUUACAAAAUGGCAACAAGUAAUUCGAGAUUAUUAAACGUUGUUGCUUGGUUAUUGUUAACGCGAAGGAAUUCAAAGCUUUUAGUAGAUAUACUUCUUAAAGGCUGGUUACUUUUUACGUACCGUUAAUCGUAACACGGACUAGUUCGAUUUCUCUGAACAGAGAGGGUGGACAGAAUCGACGAGAUUCCAGCUACGAGCAUACAAAGUUCCUUCCUUGUAAAUACUCGUUUCUAUAUUUUUUCUAUGGUAGCGCCACCAACGAAUACGAAUCUAAAGCGUGAAACAAAUGAACAAGAGGGACGAAAUUGAACGAAUAGGAUUAAAAAUUAUGUCUCGAGUCGUCACGCACGCUGCCCGUAUUUUCCGGAUAGAAUCGAGAGAGAAAGGCGAGAGUACCAAAAGUCGUUCGAGCUUCUCGAUUAUCUUUCCACGGUCUAUCCUAAAACGAUGCUUAGAAAAGGUACCGUACUAACGCGGUACACCGUGCCGUUACUUUUCUAUACUUUUUCUAUAUACAAAAAUCGCUAUGAAAAGAGAAUACUUCCGCAAAUACUUCCAACGACUUCGGCUAAGCGACAAAACCCUAUUCUACCAAACUGCAACGCGCGUUCGCGCGCCAAGAACGUAGUUUAUACUCUUUUUUAUUGUGAAAACGUCAAACGCUAUAACUUUGAAUACCUAGGACGAUCAAAGCGUGUUCGAAUCAAAUUUCUCCCAAUUUUUCUCGUGUCCGAUGAAGCCACGAGAAAUCUAUUAGAUUUAGAACACAUUUGCAACCAAAAGAAAAAAAAAAAAAAAAAGAGAGAGAGAAGAACGAGUAACUGUAUCUCCUUCCUCCUCGCGAUAUCACGGUACCAUUUUCUACGCGUUCGAGCUUAGGCGGUUGAAAGUGAAAGAUGACGGAUUUUGUCGGCAUCCGUCAGCACAUUCGCGGGGGAAAAAAAAAAAAAAAGGAGCGCGCGAGGAACGAAAGCGAAAGAACAACGCGAUAAUCGAACAACCAGUGACGACACGACUGCAACUAUACGAGACCUGUACCUGUAUAUACUAACAUUACUAUUAAUUAUUCGAUAAUUUAAAAAGGUAAUAUAAUAUAAGGAACUCUAAUUUAUGAAUACCUUUAUAUAUGUAUAUUUAAAAAUCGUCGUCGGUUGGCGAGAAGCACGGUAGGCUGCGCUCCACGAUAAUACUUUUAAUAGGAGGGAACCUUUUCAGAAAUUAGAUAAUUUAUUACACGCGUACUGUAAUAACAUUAAAACACGAAAAAAAAAAGCUUUCGGUGAUCGAGUAUCUAUAUCUAUAUUUAUACACAUUCAUAUAAAUAACAUAUACAUAUAUAUAAAUAUAUAUAUAUACAUAUAUAUAUAUAUUUUUUAGGCAUCCUUUUGUCGUGGAAUUUUCGAAACGGAAAGCAUAGUCUCUCAGUCCACGUAAACAAAUCUUUUUCUUCUUUUCUUCGUUCUUUCCCAGUUUUAUCCUUUUUUUUUCUUUCUUUCUUUCAUUCUUUUCACGACGCUAUUCUUCUCGUUUAGAUCGAUCGAUUUUUCGAACUGCAUGAUUUCUUUUUUCUACCGUUGAUCGUAAUCACCGAUGUGACAAGACGACAAAUUCUGAAUCGUCGAUUUUUAAUCAUCGUCACACGGUUGAUCGUGAGACACUGAGAAACGUCUUAUCGCGAUCGCGCACAAAACUUGUUUACCCAUCGUGAUACAACGCGAUUGAGAAAGCUGAUUAAUUUUCGUGUCGUUGAAAAGCAUACGGAGAAUCGGUACGGAGAAACAUGCGCGCUGGAAACGCAGUAUUCAGAAGAAAAGGCAUUAAUUCGUUAAGUUAUUUCCGGAGGAAGGCGGUCGACUCGCAGUGUCCGGUGUACAAAAUACUUCUAUUCGUCGUCGGGGCGAAGACUCGGGCGUGAUUUUCAUUGGGAACAAGUCGAAAGCGCACAUUAACACGGGAACAUCGGGUCGAGAAAUUCGCAGAAAAUCGUAUAAUCACGCGAGAGAGAGGAAAAUCUAGUCAAAAAAAAGAAAAGAGAACUAACACACAGCUGCGUCUCGUGGGUAAUUUUUCGUGUAAUAAUUACAAGAUCCGCCCGAGCCUUUCCUCGAAUACUUCGGUUCGCGCUUCGAUUUAAUGUAAACGUUUAGCACGUAAAGAAUUGUAUCUUUCUAGAUGUACGUAAAAGUUACUCGGAUUACUCGGAAAUUUGUGACACCGUUUUUAGGGAACGUAAUUGGCAAAGCUACGAUAAGUCUCUUUUUUUUUCCUUCUUUUUUUUUUUUUUUUUUUUUUUUGAGAAACGAGAAAGCAAAUAAUAUUAAUAAUAAUCAAUAAUCAGUCAUUAAUAAUAAUAGUAAUAAUAAUACUGAUCACCAGGUCGAUCGUUCGAGAAAUUCAUUGUCGAACGAUCGGCCGAAAGGAAUUUGCCGGUGAUGGAACUCGAACGUAUUAAUCAGACAACGGUGACAAUGGCCGUUAACCCUUCUUCUUUCCCUUUCGUUUUCUAUUUCGUAUCUUCCACUUUGGUUUUUGCAGAAAAAUUUCGUCACUCGUACUUCCAUUAACUUUUUAAGUGCCGAAUCGUCGACAGUCGAAAAUCAGUGAGAAAGCGCAGCCUACCAUUAGAUACGAAAACGAUAAAAAGAAAAAAAAAAAAAAAAAACAGUCGCGGUCGAUCGGUGAUUCACGUGGCUCCGGAAUCUCCGGAGUUUGGAGGUACGAGCGAAAAAAAAAAAAAAAUACGGAGUGACGCUGGAAUCGCCGAUCGAUAACGACAGCACAUUACGAUGUAUCGCAGACUGAUAUACGCACGAUUAUCAAUCGUUUAUAAAAAAGAAAAAAGAAAAAAAAAACAUUCUAAAGAAGGUACGUGCAUCGCGAUACGGCUCCAAGGGCGAGAGAUUCUGGUUAAACAGAAAGAUAAAAGAAACAAAUGGCAAGAAACAAUGAACAAUUAAAAACAUUCCGAACUUCCUUUCUUCUAAUGCUUCAGUUUCGAAAAUUGAAAAGUUCGCGUCGAUUAAUCAACGCGCGAACGAUCAACCUACAGAAAUCCAAAGGUUUCGCGUCCACUAAUUGCGAUCUAUCCAUCGUCUAUCCGUUUUUUAAAUAGCUUGGAACGUGACAAGUUCUAUGGUUCCUGCAAAUAUCAUGGUGCUCGUCGUAAGAUUUUUGAAACUGAUUGUUUAGUUCGUUUCUUCCGUUUCGCUAUCCCCUUUUGUCGGAAAGCUCCUCUUGAACUCAUAGACUCUUCAGAUAACGAUACUUCGAUGCGUCGUAAAUUUAAGCUUUAUUGCUGCUAAAGCAGCUUUAACCCGGGAUUACCCAUCUGGGGGUCCAGCGCAGGUACAUCCCGGCGACUAGACCCUCACCACGUGGGUAAUCCCGGGUUAAGGUUAAUUUUAUUUCGGCGAAUCUCUCCGUUCACACGUAUCCCGGGGGAAGACAGAAACGAGAAAAGAGAGAAAAAAAAAACAAAAAAGCGAAAAGAAAAAACAAAAAAAAAAAGAGGGAAAAACAAUGGAGGAAAACGGUACGAUUCGCAAGGCCUUUACGCUGAUUUCUGCAAACAUGUUAACAGGCAAUGUGGAAUACUCGGGCAUUCUACCGAAUGCCUAAGGCCGAAUGAAAAUUCUCUGUGUAUACGCUGUACCAGCGAUCUAUCUAAUCGGUUAAUCAAGACACGCGCAGGACGCUGAUAACUACUUUGAUAGCGUCAAAAUCGUAGGAGAAACACACGACUGAUCGAUUCUACGAUGUUGACUUUCGAUAAUAAAUUUAGGCCUGCAUCUUCUAUGCCGCGAAAACGACACUGGGAACGACGACAACCUACAUACAGAUAGAACAUUCUACAUUCGUUCGACACGACGCUUACUCAUUUCAUGCUCAUCAAACAUAGCAGAUGUACAUUCCAAUCAUUUAUUUUAAUACUUUUUCGAACUACGUGUUACUCCGUUAAACGCUGUUUAUCGAAAAAUCGGGAUUACUAACGUAACAACGCUAUCCAGUGAUCAUACUGGUUAUGAUUAUACGAAACGCAAUGAAUCCUAAAGAGACAGCCAACACAAUCCAACUCCAUCGAUCGUAAAAGUGUUGAUUACCGAAUCGAUCAACGUCAGGUAUAUUUUUUUACAUGCUCGAUAUACGUAUAACGUUGGAUAAAUUCGGCAGAUGGUUUCCAGUGACGUUUUGACGAUUGUCAUUCCGUAUAUUGCCUCGAUUUCCUACCUUGCCUGCAUUAAACGCACUAUUAUAAAUAACGAGGUGAAACGAUGAAAGAAAGAGAAAGAAAGGGAAACAGAGUGAAAGAAUAACGAACGAAUGGACGAACGAACGAACGACGAAUGACCGAACGAAUCGGAAGAGCGAAAGACAGGGAGAGAAUGGAGGAGCGAAAGUGAAAGAGAAAUAAACCUAGGGUAUAAGAUUUAAAUUGCGAAAAAAAAAGGAAAUAAAGACAGAAAACGAAAAAAACGGUGUAGAGAAUGGAAUUAAGAAGAUCGUGUAAAUACGCUGAAAGUAGAUAAACGAAGGAAUCAAGCGACUAACCGCCUCGACAACAGACAAGCAAUAUUUAGUUCUUACCAUCUCGUAAUAAUUAAACGAUAACUCCAACUGUACUGUACACACGUGUACACACUCGUACAUAUUUAAACGACUAUAAAUUAAAUGUUAAUUAUCCUUACACUUCGUAUAUAGUAAAUUGUUACGCAUUUAUCAUUACAAUUAUUGAAUAGGUAAUGCUCAAUUAGCAUUUGUUUCUUAAAAUAAAGAAUAAAUAUAUGGCUGUUGGAUAUUUA